AUGUACAAGGUACUCGCCCUCGUCGCCGUAUUCGGCUGCGCCGUCUUGGCCCAGGGCCAAGGAGAGCAGGAGCCACCAUUCCUCACCGGGAUCCCCGCCGCCUUGAAGCAGGAGUUCAUCACCAUCCAGAACAACGGCCAACUCUCGGACAACCAGGCUGAUGCUCAGACCAAGGCCUGGGCCAAGAAGCUGCCCGCCGCCCAGAAGAAGCAGUUCGACGACAUCGAGUCGAAGGGAGCCGCUGCCGAGAAGGAGGGCCGUGCCAAGCAGGCCGCCGCCAUCGCCAAGCUCUCCGCCGCCGCCAAGGGCUUCGACGCCAAGCUCCAAGCCAUUGCCGACAACAAGGAUCUGCCCCGUGCCAAGAAGGGCGAACAGAUGGAGGCCUUGCAAAAGUCGAUCCCGGCCAACGUUGGCGCCGAGCUCCAGGGCGUCUUCCAGCAGCUCCAGGGC